AUGUCUGGUGAGUCUAUUAAAGCUGACUCUUCGAAGGAUUUAAAUGAAGCUUACAAUGAAGAAGAAAUAAAAAGUUUAGUUACAUCUAAUGAUAAUUUAGUUAGAUCUAGGUUCAAUAUUAAUAAUAAUGAAGAAAUUAAUUUUGAAAAAAAAUUUCAUUCCGGAGAUGAAGAAGUAGGUGAAAAUAAUAUUAAUUUUUUAGAAAAAAAUUCAGAUCUUGUAGAAAAUACUGAAGAAGAAAAAAUUGAAUUGUCAAAUGCUCCAAGAUUGAAUAUGAUAGCUCAGAUAAAAAAAAUCUGGGAAGAGCGUAAAUAUUUGAAGUGGAAAAAUAGUUUUCUUCACAAAAAGUCCCGGGAUUUUUUGAAGAAAAAAAAAAAUCAAAUAUCUUCUCGACUAUUCAUUCUGAUCAUAGUUUUAUUUCUUCUCGCUGCUUAUAUUAGGUAUGAAGCUGUAUUGAAUGAAUUUGAAACAGUCAAAAAUUCUUUGGAGAGUUCAAAAAAAGAUUUAGUCCAAGUCAGCGAAGAGUCAAAAAAAUUGUACGACUCACAACGAGCAGAGUUUGAAAAAUCAUUCGAAGAAUUCCGAGUCCUUUUUUUUGAGACUGGCGUUGAAGCUUUUAAAAAAAAAGACAAUAAAUUUAAAUUAGCGCACGUUAAUAAAAAAAUUGGUCGGUUGCUGGCUAAAAUGCAGAGUCGUAUGGAAAAUUUAAGAGACACCCGCGUCUGUCAAUAA